GAAAGAUCAAGGUGUGUCUGGUGGGAGACAGCAACUCGGGCAAGACGGCCCUAGCGAAUCGCCAGAUCUCGGGCCGUUUUUCAGAGACUAGCCCGUCGCUCUUGACCGACUGCCGGACCUUCACGGCCGUCACCAACGACAACCGGCUGAUAUCGGUGGAGCUGUGGGACUUCCCCGGCAGCGCCAACAGCAGCAGCUGCACCCAGAUGCUCGCAACGUACUUCCACGCCGCAGUAAUCUGCUACAGCGUCGAGGACGAGGCAAACAUCGAGACCGCCAUGAACGUUUGGAAGCCCAAGCUCGACCACUCGCUGACUGAGUGCCCGCUGUUCGUGCUGGGGCUCAAGAAGGAGCUGCGCCCGAGCUUCCCUUCGCUGGGACUGAGUUUCCUGCCGACCGCCGUGGCAGCGUCGGCGACCUUGGGCCGCUCCAGGGCGACGCAGAUGCGCGCGGCCGGGUUCGGCGAGUGCUCGGCCAAGACGGGUGACAACGUGCAGGAGGUGUGGCGGGGCAUCGUCAACUUUGUGGUUGACGGGCUGCGCAUGCGCGAGGCAGGAGGCCGAGGACGACGGCGCGGCUCGAUACUACGCCCCGGGGUUGGUGGAGGUGGUACCGGAGCUGCAGCUGCAGCUGCUGGCGGCAGCCGUGGCGGCGGCGGCAAAGGCGAUGAUGCCCGACAGGGGGACAACGACCACCACGAAGCCAGCGCUGACCACCCCGACAGCACCAUGUGCGGCCUGCCCAUGCCCAAGCCCGUGCCCUCGCCUUGGGAUGUUCUGGGCGUUUCACCUCCUUAGGCACUAAAGUUUGACGAUGAGAGACGGGACCUACGUUGUGUGGAGACCCCAAGGGGGCAAGGUACAUGUGUUGUAUUUGGCUUGUCUUGAUAUGAAGAGAAAGAGAAAGAGAAAGAAACGGAGCUUGGAGUUGGAGGCGUUUGAUGCUUCUUCUGUGGGCAAGGAAAAGGGAGAAGGAAGGAGACGGGGCGUGUAUUACAGGGACAUUCAUUGGAUGAUUUCCCACGCCUCCACGCCUUCUGUCUUUGGUGUUCCCGUCCUUGACGGCACUAAUUAUGUGAUGAGAAAUACAAUAGCUACCAAGUACCCGAAGUAGGUUAUGUAGUACGGAUACCUAAAAUAAUGUGAAGGGGGAUAUUCAGCCUGAUGAUGCCCAAGACUGUUUGAGAAGAAUCGCAAUGGCACUGUAUUGCCAUGCUAGGCUUUGUGGAAGGUUAAUGACUUGAGUUAUGGGGCGUGCGGUAUUGUUCUUUGGCUUUGGCUUUGGCUUU